CUGCUUUCACUGGUAGAAUGGUCUCUUGUCAUAGCUGCGACCACGUAUGGCCUCGGCAAUAACACCAUCUCAUCUUUACAAUACUCCAGACUUCACGCCCACCAUCUUCUUUUCGCUUCAGAACUACUAUGGAUACCGGCUACAGCUCUCGUCAGGAUCAGUGUUAUAUUCGCGCUCCUCCAACUCAAACAAGGUCGUCCAUGGCGGAUCACGCUCUCCCUCCUUAUCGCCGCGCAAGUCGUCUUUUGCAUUAUCGACCUGGUCUUUCUGGUAGUGCAAUGCAUACCACUGGCUUACAUAUGGAGCGAGCCGGUCGAUAGGGAUGCUGUCUGUACUGCCAGUAGCGCAGUACUUGCAGGCCAAUACGCACAUGCUGGUGUCGGCACUGCUACAGAUCUGGUCCUUGCUUUGGCGCCGUUAACCUUCGCGCAGGCAGGGUUGGUCCCGACCCGCGAGGGAAUUCUGGCCAUUAUACUCGUGGCCUUGGGUCUUUUAGCGACAACGUGUAGUAUCCUGAGGAUCACGUUGCUCAAAACUUCUGCAGCCUCCAGUGACGUCCGACAGGACGCUAUGCGAAUCACCUUCUGGUCUCUUCUCGAAGUCCAAUCCGCUCUCAUAGCCGCAAACAUCGCCUCGUUCAAAUCU